AUGAACCACAAGAACACAACUCUGGUCUCCGAAUUCUUCCUCCGUGGAUUCUCCUCCCAGCCAGAGGUCGAAACACUCCUCUUCCCGCUUUUCCUCUUGAUGUAUUUGCUCACCAUUCUGGGGAAUGUAACCAUCAUCUUGUUGAUCCGCUGUGAUGGGCAGCUCCUUCAAACCCCCAUGUACUUCUUCCUCAGUCACCUCGCAGUAGCUGAUUUGGGUUUUGCCAGCUCCAUCGUCCCCAAGGUGCUACAGAACUUGUUAUCUCAGAGAAAGACCAUCUCCUACCAUGGUUGCCUUGCCCAGAUGUUUGUUGCUAUCUUUAUUGGCAAUGCAGACAGCUACAUUCUGGCUUCCAUGGCCUACGACCGCUACGUGGCCAUCUGCCGCCCGCUGUACUAUUCCUCCAUUAUGAGCCACAAACGUUGCCUCCAAAUGGUCACAGUGUCCUGGACUAUCACCAUGUUCCACUCGUCAAUUUAUACAUUUUUGAUGUCCCGUGUUGAGUUCUGUGACCCUGGGGAGAUUCCUCAGUUUUUCUGUGACCUUUAUCCUGUUCUGGAUGUUUCUUGCUCUGACUCCUACAUCAUAGAUGUAGUAUUGAUGACUGAGGGGGUGGUCGAGAUCCUGGGGCCGUUUGCGCUGAUUAUCAUUUCCUAUGCGUUCAUCUUCUUCACCAUCAUAAAGAUUCCAUCAGCUGGUGCAAAGCUCAAGGCUUUCUCGACAUGCGGGUCCCACAUUUGUGUGGUGGUCAUGUACUUUGGUGGUAUAAGCUUUGUUUAUUUCAAGCCAAAUGCGAAUGUAGUGGGACACCAAGACACCUGGGCUGCUAUGAUGUACACCAUGGUCAACCCCAUGGUGAAUCCUUUCAUCUACACCCUCAGGAACAAUGAAAUGAAGGCAGCCUUGAAAAGGGUCAUUAGGAAGCAUUUUCAUUAG